AUGGCCCGUAUCAUCGACCUGGUGCCCUGGGAAGAUGGGUGUGCCCACCUGUACACGUCCCCGGCCGUCCUGCUCCCACUGGAGAGGCAGUGCAACCAGCUGGCCAGCGUGAAGCAGCAGCUCUACCACCCGGCCCUGCCCACCCUGCGUCGCAUGGACAUGGACACGGUCAAGGCCUGCCUCUCCGACGAGCACUGCCAGUCCACCACCUACUGCCGCAAAGAUGAGUUUGACAACGCCCACUUCACACUCCUGGGGGUCCCCAACAAACCCUUGCAGUGCUUGGACAUCACGGCGACCGGCCAGAAGCUCCACCACAGGUGCCGCGAAGGAAGACUGGUGCCCAUCGUGCCUGGCAUCAAACGGGUCGACUGGCCCUGCUUCACGCGUGCCAUCGAGGACUGGUCCCACUUUGUGUCUACGACUGGGGAGUUCAAACUGCGCUGCCCAAGCAAGAGGGUGGAGAGUCUCAGCGGCUACGCUGUGCGCCACUUGAAGCCGGAUGUGACCCAGAGCUGGAGGAACUGCCUCAACCAGAACCCCAGUCUAGACCGCUACGGACAGACGCCCCUACCCUACAACACGCUGAACGCUUUCCGCCGCUUCGGCUCCCACUACAGUUGUGUCAACUACCUGACCCCCUGGCAUUAAUCUGUGAAAAGGAGGCUG